AUGUCCAACUAUGUCGUGGUGCCAUUACCGGGCGGAUUUGAGGCUCGCGACUUCUCAUUUUCCCCAGGUGGGAAUGGGCGAGGAGCCAGCAUGACCAUACAACUCAAUGAGAUCCCUGGCAAAACCUCAAAAAUGGACCUGAAUGAGGGUGAUUCGACAACCUUGGGUCAAAAAGCAGGAGAUAUCUGUGGAACUGUGGCUGAAGCUGGCCAGGAAGAUGAAGACACGGAAAAUCAAGAAGUUGGGCCACAUACCAUGGACAAAAGCGAAACACACGUCCUGUGGCAAGCUACCAUAGAUCAGAGGGGAAGCUGUGGUCAGGUUCCAGAAUCCCAAGUGCACGGUAUAUCAGAAUCUCAGCAUGGAGAUACCAAUACCAAGCCCCAAAGUGAAAAGUUCGCAGGUGAAGAUACCAGAAUGGGGCAUCAGGGGGAUUACAUACCAGCGUUAAUGCAAAAAGCACACAUCCACACCGAAUGCUGCCAGGAACUGUCACAUUCUCUUUUGGGUGACAAAGUGGAAAGCGCUUUACAUGCUGAACCACGGGUCGGCCAAAAACUGCAUCUUGAGCUCCCCUUUCAACAGCAACGUGAGCAGACCGACAGAACGGCGCAAGUUGAGGAGGAUCUCGCCCAGAAUAGGGCUGUUGCUGAGCGUCUGCAGGUGAAUUGCAGGUUACUUGACUGCUCCGCCGGCAAAGAGGAACGAUUCGUCAGCAAGUUUGACACAGGAUCGACUCACUCGAUUAUCCUGAAGGACAUUGUGCCGGACGAUCAGUACCGAUCUCUUUCGGAACCUAUCGAGCUCAGUACGGCUUCUGGCCAGAUAUUGACCAUAGGAGGAUGUGCCGAGCUUUAUUGGCGUUUGGCAUGCUGUCCGCAAGGCGUAUACAUAAGGAGUACCUUCCUGGUAGUGGACGGCCCCGUAACAACCCUAGGAGGUUACAAUGCCCUAAUUGCUGGCCAUGCCCAUGAAUUAGGCAGAGCCGCAUGCCCCUUGUCUUUUGGUCCACACCCUCAUAGAUGGAUCGGCUCCAAUGAUGGCCGAUUCCUGCCUUACGUCUUCGGAGGGAGUGGAGCAGUGGCCGAACGAGAGACCUGGGACAGAGCGCACAGCUCCCAAUGGCUGUUUUAUGCUGACCGCCUCGAACAACUCAUAGGUCUACGAGUCCAUGGAUGA